AUGAACCGCGACAAAGGGAAGAUCAAAACGGAGCCCGAAUACGAGCUGGAAAGGCGCACGCGGGCAAUGGAGAUAAUUCAAGAAGUGAUCUCGCACAAGCUCCAGAUGCAAAAGAACACGGCCCAACUGCAAAAAAAAGAACAGAAACUGAAGGAGCUUCAAACUGAAGCCUGGGAAAAGGAUCGCGUGAUCGAGGAGUACCGCGAAAGGCAGCAGGGCCUGGAGUCGAGCGUCUCGAAAAUGACGAAAGAGAUUGAGGAAUUCAAGAAACAGAAGAAUAUGGACGAUAAAGUCAUGGAGGAGUUGAAAAACCGGAUUUCGGGUCUGGAGGAGGAAAAACGGGCGUCCGAUAAGAUUUUGGAGGAAAUGAGGCGGGAAAAGGAGGAGGCAGAGCGUGCCGGCCAGGAGAUGGCCGGAAAAAUGUCGGCGGCGGCUCGGGAGGCGGCGGAGGUUCACCUGAAGAGGUUUGGGAGUAUGGUGCCGAUAGCGGAGGACUUGACCAACUUGCUGAAGAUGAAUUUUGCUGAUCUGGAGAAGUUUAAGGAUGAGUUUGUCGGGUGA